AUGGCUUCUUGGCUCGACAUCGUUGAUGGUCCAUCGGGCUGGACCUUGGUGGACACAGGCAGGCUAGAGACGUUGCUACAGUCGAUGAGCCAUCCCAAGACUCAAUUCCCAGUCCUGAUACAUUUUGCUGGAAACAACAAUCGAGUCAAAGCGCUUCGAGCCUUAUUCCCUCGCAACAAUGUGACGCGCAAAGGUCCGGCAUCCUUUGCGCGGCUGCACGUCAGCACCGAGACUGCCAGUACACCGUAUCCGGUCUUGUUCGCAGAGAGCCGCAUGGGUGGUAGCACGGACUCUUCUAGCACAACAUCGUAUUGGCACCCAAAUCCCAAUGUUGAGCGAUACCCACUUCCAGCGGACUGCUCGAAAUUAAAUGUGUACCGUGAUGUGAUGUCCCAGAUCAUCUUGCCAUGGGCCCAUAUUCUUUGUCUGUUCGUAGAUAGCCAUACAGAAUUGCAAGAGUGCUUCAAGCUUCUCCGUCAGCCUUUUCGCAGAAUCCAAGUGGGUUCUCACUCUAUUUCCCAGUUCAUGCGAGUCAUCUUCAUCUUCACCUCUCCUCAAGAGUAUGACUUGUUGGGUGAUGUCAUGUUGAGCCACCAAGAUCCAGCUUAUACUUAUGUCAACCUACAAGAUCGACGUGAACUGUCGCCAGAGGCGAGAUACGAACCACUAAGAAAUCUACUGCUCGACAAGCUCCAAACGAUUCAUGCAGAGCAAGGUGAGCAUGGUUUGUCAUUGUCAGCUACGCAUAUGUGCUUUUUGUGGAAAAAAAGCCUUCAGUCGAAACUUGAAAAGCUCGAAAUAGGCCCGUUGAACUGCCUCCAUAUUGCACGGGAAGGGUUCCCAAAAGAGUCGAGCAAAGCCCCCUAUCUGGCUGAAUUUCUGAAAGUAGCUCUUGCGGGCCAGCAUGAUGUAAGGAAGAUCUACGAGUUCAUUGCUUCGGCUUUUUUGAUGAAUGCAUAUCCACCUGACAUGCAUCGUUUUGAUCCGCUUUAUGUUUUCGAAGAAUUAUACAAAGACGAUUUCACAGCUGCCCUGGAGAAGCGAGCAGACCUUGAAACAGACAGCUGUUGCGAUGCAGUCAAGGCUGAAUUCACCAGACUGUUCACCAUGAUGAACCCGGCACGGUCAUCAGCGGGGAUUCGACGGGAGGUCUUAAAUAGGUUCUUCAACGAACGAGAAGGUCUUUAUUCACUCACAGCAUGCUUGUUUUGUGCGCUCAACACCAUUGAUCUGAUUCUCAACAAAUACUCGGCCACAAAAACCUUUGAGCGGUUUCCAAGUCUCGCGCAAAAAGUCUUCAAUCUCCCUUCAAGCCCGUUCCGGACUAUGAAAUGUCUGGCGUGGGUUUCGAUAUUGAAAGACCUUAUUUUGGACGGUAGGUAUGAUGAGGAAGUUUUGGAGCACACGCUUAAAGAUGCUAUCGGGUCUGAUCGCCGCAUUUUUGACGACAGCACAACUCAUGGUGGUGGCAGUCGGGUGGCCAUCAUCACCAGCCGGAUAUCGGAUGGCAAAGCUUGUGUUCUUGCAAACUACCAAGGUACUGGUCGACAUCCCGGCCACGAGUCUUCCUACGAAUUUCUCAGCCCCCAAAGCUGGGAAGAGAAUCCACCUUUGUGGAAAGUAGCGAGGUGUGGUGUUGCUGCCCCUUGGUUUUUUCAGACGAAGAAUCUUCCAGGCUUCGGUCCACUACAAGAUGGAGGUGUGCGGGCAAAUAAUCCGCUCUCCAUUGCCGUAAGAGAGGCUGUCGUCAUUUGGCCCACGAAGACGCGACAUGAUUUACUAGUUUCAGUGGGGACCGGGUAUACCAGGCCUGAAGGCGGUGACGGAAACCCCUUGAUCGGUGGUAUCUUGAAGGAUGGAGCUAUUAGCCGUAUGAUCCGUGCCAUGAUGUCAUCCCCAGCAAUGGAUGGCGAGCAAGCAUAUCUUGAAGCACUCAACUAUGUUCCUGAUCAUAUGAGAUCCGACAUUUAUCGGCUGAACCUUCCGCUUUCCGGACCUCUACCACGACUGGACGAUGUGGGGAAACUAACCGAGUUGGGGAGAUCGUUGUUCGAGGUGCCGGAUACUCUUGUUCGAGCAAUCCUGGUGACUGGUUUGUUCUUUUUCGAGCUGGAUGAGAAUCCGAAAGCAGAAGAAGGGUCAAUUCGCUGCCAGGGAUCAGUUCUCUGUGCGAGCCCACAGCCCAGAAAAGCGGUGGAGAGGGUGUGCGCAGAGAUACCCCAUGCUGAAUUUCGAAUGCAGGGAAAGUGCUCACUAGGAUCGAUUGAAGAGUCUCAUAUAUGCAGUAUGUGCAAUUAUUAUCGCAAGGUCAUCUCGUUCACGGUCAAAAGUCUAGAUGAGGUCUUCACCCUUGAAGUUGUCAAUUCUUCAUUUCAGCAGAAGAUCGGGGGGUUCCCCACCUCUGUAAAGCGUCUUCUUCGUCAGCAGCAUGCGGGAAACUACUUUGGUCGUGCGGAUCAUUUGAGUGGCACUUGGCCACCAGAAAGAAAAUGCUUCUGUUCGCGAGGGUCCAAAAGGCGCAUCGAGAUUGUUGAGCCUCCCGCCGAGUACAAGAAAAGACGGCUUUGA